ACUGUGUGGCCCCUGUCCGGGUGGGGGGAGCAGUCAGCUGCUCCAUCUGCAGGAAUUCAGCGCAGCUCCAUCCAAACUCUGCGCUCCUCACCUUCAAACCUUCAUUUCUUCUGAUGAGGUUCCGCUCAUGGCGAUAGCUGCGCGCUCCCGGAGCGGCUUCUACCGGCAGGAGGUCAACAGAACCGUGUGGGAGGUACCGGAGCGGUACCGGGACCUGAAGCAGGUCGGAACCGGAGCCUAUGGGACCGUCUGUUCCUUCCUUCCUUCCUUCCUUCCUUCCUUCCCUCCCAGCUGUAAUCCUGCCGCCUUGUCUCGCAGCUACCUGGUGAUGCCCUUCAUGGGAACAGACCUGGGGAAGCUGAUGAAGAUGGAGAAGCUGUCUGAGGAUCGCAUCCAGUUCCUGGUUUAUCAGAUGCUGAGAGGCCUGAAGUAUAUCCACUCAGCGGGGAUCGUCCACAGGGACCUGAAACCUGGAAAUCUGGCCAUAAACCCAGACUGUGAGCUGAAGAUUCUGGACUUUGGCCUGGCUCGGCAGGCCGACGCGGAGAUGACGGGUUACGUGGUGACGCGCUGGUACAGAGCGCCUGAGGUCAUCCUGAAUUGGAUGCACUACACGCAAACAGUGGACAUUUGGUCGGCAGGUUGCAUCAUGGCAGAGAUGCUGCUGGGAAAACCUCUGUUCAAAGGAAACGACCACCUGGACCAGCUAAGAGAAAUUAUGAAGAUCACAGGAACUCCGACUGCGGACUUUGUUCUGAAGCUGCAGAGUCAAGAUGCCAGGAACUACAUCAGAAGUUUACCCAAAGUGCCAAAGAAAGAUUUGUCCUCCAUUUUCUCCAAAGUCAGCCCAAACGCGGUUUGCGUCCUGGAGAAGAUGCUCCUCCUGGACCCGGAGAGCAGGGCGAGCGCGUCGGAGGCCCUGGAGCUGCCGUUCUUCAGCGAGUUCAGGGAGGUGGAGGAGGAGACGGAGGCGCUGCCGUACGAUCAGACCCUGGAUAACACCGACCUGCCGCUGGAGCAGUGGAAACGUCAUACUUUCACAGAGAUCCUGACCUUCAGGCCGCCCAGAGACUCAAAGGAAACGUCGCUUUGAGUUUUCAUUGUGAACUUUGACCUCCUACUCAGAAAUGUUUCUAUUAUCCAAAUGGUUUGAUGAUGCUUUUACUGUCAAUAAAGAUAAUUUGUUUUGAUUUUCUAAACAACUGAGUCAUUUUUCAGACAUGAAAUAA